AUGAGAGGUUCCAUCACGAAGAGGCGAAGUUGGACUGCUCCUGCGCCGCUGCACAUCGCCCUCUGCAGGAAAGUACAGGGCAGUUUCCAACUAUGGCCUAAGAAGCCUUCGAGGACGCCUUCUAACAAGGAGGAAGCUCUCAAAUACUUAUCGGAUCUCGAGGCUAAGGACUUCCAGGAGUUGGUGGACACCACCGGCUUCUUCGCCAUUAUCUGCACACGGUAG